AUGGCCGAGUCAAAAGAUGACUACGAUCCAUAUGAGCACCGCGAAGUUGCCCAUCCGAUUUCAAAUAUUGGCGCACUGACGAAUAUCAUCAAAGCAAUAAUUGGCACCGGCAUUUUAGUGUCACCAAUGGCUUUUCGCAAUGCCGGCUGGUUAAAUGCGCUGAUUAGCACGACUGUUAUUGGUAUUAUUGUCUUGUAUUCGAAGCAAAUGUUGAUGUAUGGCAUGUACGAAAUAGCAAAGCGUCGUCAUGUACCACUCUAUACCUAUGCUGAGGGUGUUGUAGAAGCUAUAGUCGAAGGUCCACCUUGGUUGCGUGGACUCCAAGGAACAUUGCGCUGCAUGGUGAACUCUCUACUCUUCAUUUAUCACUUCGGUUCCUGCUGUGUUUAUGUGGUUUUCAUAGCAAAUUGCCUUAAGGACCUUGGCGACCAUUAUUGGGCCAACUGGGACAGCCGUUUAUACAUGUUGUGUGAGAUUUUACCGCUAUGCCUUAUCUACUGUGUGCCGAACUUGAAGUCAUUGGUCCCAUUUGCGAUGGCAGCCAACUUUUCGCUAAUAUUUGGUUUCGGCAUAAUUUUCUACUACAUGUUCAGUAAUCUGCAACCAUUUGAAGAGCUGAAAGCCUUCCAAGACUUCCGCUUGUAUCCGUUAUUUGUUGGUGCCACAUUAUUUGCAUUUGAGGCGCCCGGUUUGGUAGUAUCCAUAGAGGCGAACAUGAAAAAGCCACAGUCCUAUGUCGGCAUAGGUGGCGUGCUGAGUCAAGGCAUCUACUUUGUUAUACUGCUGCAGCUAGUCUUCGGUUUGCUGGGCUAUUGGCGCUAUGGUGAUGAUAUCAAGUCGGCAAUAUUGCAGAGUCUGCCUCAUGACGAGCUACUCGGCAACUCGGCGCGCGUAAUCUUCGCCUUUUCCAUGUAUAUCUCACACCCUUUGCAGGGCUAUGUGCCCAUCGAUGUCAUGUGGAAUAACUGGCUGAAAGCGAAGAUGCCCGAGAGUAAGGCAUUCGUGUUAGAAUUGGUAUUUCGUGUGUGCUUGGCGAUUUUGUCGGUUGGUUUUGCCGUCGCUUGGCCGAACCUAACCUUAAUUCUUUCCUUUGUCGGCGCAUUCUGUCUCUCCUUUCUGGGUCUUAUAUUUCCUGCCAUCAUUGAUAUUUCAAUUCGAUAUGAAAAGGGUUAUGGACCUAUGAAAAUACAUCUACUACUGAGUUUUAUCGUGAUAUUGUUCGGUGUUGUUGGUGGCAUAACCGGUUCUUAUGUGCCAAUCGAACAAAUGGUGAAACUAUAUGUCAGCGGUACGAAUUUGACCGGUUAG